AUGUCCAAGACGACGGAUACUCACUGUCUAUCGCUCGACAGAUGGAUAAAAUCUACGAUUUCUCUCUUAUCGCUUGAACAGAAGGAAGAAAUUGACACGAUACGAGAGGAAUUAUCCACGCUAAAUGAUCAUGAGAAUCCAAAUGUAUUGGGCCAUUUAACUUUAUCUGGAUAUUUUACAGGAUUAUUUGGUCGCUCAGUCCUUCAAUUAUCGUUUCCAUCGUUUUAUCUGCAAUACCCUAAACCUCAUCAUUUUACCGUCGGUGAUUUAAUCCAACUUCGAGGACAAAAAAAAUCCAACCAUAAAUUACCACCACGCGAUCAUACAUUACCAACGGGUAAGUAUAAAUUACCAACGGGUAUUAUAUCACGUCUAGAUGAGCAAAAUAUUUCCAUUGUACUUGAUGAUACUUUUGAUGAAAUCAAUGAGAUGGAAUGCUUUUUGGAUACAACAUUAACGAUUACCAUGGACCGGUUAAUGAAUGCAACAACAUUUCAGAAAGUGACCAAUGUAUUGGAUCAAAUGGCAAAAGGUGACUAUCAAGUGGCGGAAUCAGUGGUGAAUAUCGUCUUUUUUGAGCAAAAACCAAGCUGGAACACUCCAUUACAAGAGUUUAUACCGUUUACAAUGGGAUUAAAUGAUUCACAGAUUCAAGCGAUUCAAUUUGCAUUAGCAUCUAAGGAUCUAGCAGUUAUUCAUGGACCUCCAGGUACAGGCAAAACCACAACAAUUGUGGAAUUGAUGCUUCAAGCAGUGUGUCGAUAUGAUAUGAAAAUCUUGGUCUGUGCACCUUCAAAUAUUGCCGUUGAUAAUGUCUUGGAAAAACUAGCAACGACAUGCUCGAGAGUUGGGAAAAGAUUACUAUUGACACGGAUAGGACAUCCGGCACGUGUGUUACCACAGAUUGUCAAAUACUGCUUGGAUGCAAAAAUUCAACAGGCAGAAGGCACGGAAAUUGUUGAUGAUAUUCGGAAGGAAAUGAGUGGCUUGCAGACGAAAUUGCAGAAAACACGGGAUCAAAAGGUGCGUUUUCAAUUGCGACGUGAGUUGAAAGCAAAUCGCAAGGAAAUUCGAGUGCGUGAACAAAAGGUUGUGGGUGAAAUUAUACGACAUAGUAAUGUUGUCUUUGCGACGAAUAUCGGUGCAGCCUCGAAAUUACUCAAGGACAUGACGUUUGAUUUGGUGGUUAUUGACGAGGCAGCACAAGCACUUGAAGCGUCUUGCUGGAUCCCUAUUCUAAAAGCUAAGCGAUGUGUGCUUGCUGGGGACCAUCUACAACUACCACCGACAAUCAAAUCGAAGACAGCUGCAGCAAAAGGUCUGGAUGUGACGUUAUUUGACCGGAUUAUCAACUCUCCAAAUACGCAAAGCAUUGUAAAGAUGCUGACCACUCAAUAUCGUAUGCACGAGAAGAUUAGCGAGUGGAGCUCUCAGGCGAUGUACAAUGGCGAGCUCAAAAGCUCUGAAGGUGUUGCAAAGCGCAUGUUACACGAAUUGCCGCAUGUUAACAUUCGAAAAGAUGACGACUUGCUGGAUGCGACGUUAUUGCUCUUGGAUACCGCUGGAUGUGAACUUGAAGAGGACGCUGAUGAUGACGAGGACAAAAAGCAUAGUAUUCUUCGACUUUCAAAGUCAAACGAAGGUGAGGCACGUGUUGUCGCAAGACAUGUUCGUGCUUUGCUAGAAGCUGGCUUGAAGGAAGACGAGGUGGCAGUGAUCACUCCGUACAACAAGCAGGUGCAGACUCUGAAGGCUUUGCUGCUCGAAAAGUAUCCAAAGCUCGAAAUCAGGUCAGUGGAUGGGUUCCAGGGAUGCGAAAAGGAGGCUGUGGUGAUGAGUCUUGUGCGCUCCAAUGCUUCGAGGCAAGUAGGAUUCCUCGCCGACGAUCGCCGCAUGAACGUGGCUAUCACUCGUGCAAAGCGACAUGUUGCGGUAGUGUGCGAUACGGACACAAUAUCUUCGCACAAGUUUUUGGCUGCACUUGUAAAGCAUUUCGAAGACUUUGGCGAAUAUCGAAGUGCUCAAGAAUAUUUGGAGGAAGAUGCUGUUGAAGGGACUGUCGAUGAACAAGUGAUGUCGUUGCUGAGUGCUGCAACAAGUGAUAGUGCACCAUCCAGGGCGUCCGCUGUCAAACAUUUAUCAAAUGCUGCUGCAACUGCUACCCAUGCGAAAGCCACAAAGUCAAAGCAGACACAAACGGUUAAAAAAGAGGUAAAGGCUGACGUUGUCCUCACACCUAAGUCCGUUGAGGAUACGCAGACCGACGGUGAAUGUCAUGUUGUUGCAACGGAGAUAAAUACAGUUAUUGGUAGUGCAGAUGUAGUAGUGGUCGAUGAGGAGAAGGAGAGCGAAGAUGAGUUGGAAGACAAGGCAGCGGCGACCAAGAGCAUUUUUCAAAUGAUGUCGGAAAGUGAUAGCUCAGAGGACGAACAGGAAAGCAGCAAUGGACACCAGGAGGGUGUUAGUGAAGGUGAAAUUAACUCAGAUGCGUCCAAGGAGAGUAUCGUAGAAGCUGCCAACUGUGCCAACAUGCUGUUGAAAGAUCUACAUUUGAGUCGACUCGCUCGACAACCUGUUGAGCUUUCAGUGCCAUCUUCAGGGAAAACGAACAAGAAACACAAGAAGAAAAAGAAAAAUGCAGCAAAGGCCGCCGCCCACACUGCGCCGAUAGCAGAACCGAAAGAUGGUGAAGACGAGCUGGAAUAUCUCACUCGACAAGCAAAAAAGAGCUCGAGUUGCGCUUUCCAAAGCUCGAGUCGUUGCAAGAAAAGCAUUACAAUGCUUGGGAGCGUGUGCAAGUUUUGCAAACUCAAGUUCUGCUACAGUCACGUACUUCCUGAAGUACACGGAUGCAAUGACGCCGUACGCAAGUUCGAGCAAGUUGCGUUUCAGGAAAUGAUGUCUCGAUCCACGGAUCGCAAACCAAAACUAACGGUUGAGAAGCGUAAACUCCUUCAGAAAAAACUCAAGGAGCAAGUGUCUGCAAAGACUGCAAGUCGUACGACGCAGCCAACGACGACGAAGAAAUAA